CUUUUCCUCUGCACUGGCGGCACUAGUGCAAGCAGUGUACACUAAAGUGUUCUUUUCGACGAUUCUGGCAGCUUUAUGACGUCAUCAUCGCUGUUCUUUUCUUCAGUGCAGCGGUACUCAGUACAAUAGAACACUGCACUACUUGCCCUAGGUCUCGAGCUAGGGCAGCGGUGUAGUGCAAUAUGGCGGCAUACAGACCUACAAAUAAAUAAUAGGCUGGAAACACGUUAACAGCAUAAAGCAGCAUAUAACAUCUCUAGAGAACGUUACAAACAAAUUGUGAUAUAAUAACUUGCUGUUAAGAUAUGGAGUUAAACAGAAAAAAUGGCACAAUUUUAAGGGAUGCAAUAGGAAACAUUAUAGUAAACGAUGAAGGAAAUGUAACUUGUGUUUCUGAAGGUGGCUUGCAGUUUCACGUGCCAUAUAAUGAUAUAGAUUUAAAUUGUGAAACUUUGGAAUGUAGAAUUGAAAAUGAUUUAAUUUACAUACCACUGUCUCAUAGUACUGAAUCGACUUCGUUCACAAAUGAAAGAAAUGAUGAACUGAAUUAUGUUCAAGUUCAAGAGGAAAGUUCAUUUAGUUGGGACGAUGCAAGCACAAAGUUAUUUCUCCAUUUAUAUAAAGAAACACAGGAGUCUCUACUAAAACGAAAUGUAAGGAAAAAAAAAAUACUGUGGAAAAAUAUAAGUGACAGUAUGAAGAAACAAGGAUAUUCAGUUACAGUGACACAGGUCGAAAAUAAAUAUAAAACACUCGAGAGAGCAUACAAGAACAUGAUUACUAAUAACAAAAAAACAGGAAGAGGACGUGCAACCUGCCCAUAUCAAACAGAACUGCAAGAAUUAUUGGGCCAUAAGCAUAAUAUCCAGCCUUUAGCGGUUUGUGGAAGACAAGGUCUAAUUGUGAGAAAAGAUGCAAGUACAUCUGAACAAUUGACUUGUGAAAUGGCAGAAGAAAAUGUUGCACCAAAUGCUCAAAAUAUUGAUGUAACAUCCAAUCUAAAUGUGGAAGAUGAAGAAAAUAUAAUUCCUCCAACUGCAAGUACAAGUAUAUCAACUGAAGUUAAUACUGUAAAUCCCAAUCAUGUAUUAUUGAACAGUAAUAGAAAAAAUAAGGUAAACACAACAUCACAACUUCUACAAACAUAUAUUACAACAAUGGACAAUUUGACCAAAGAAAUCCGAGAAGAGAAACAGGCACGACUAGAUUUAAGAAAUGAGAUUGUAACAGAGCAAAAAAAUAUCAGAAUUAUAUUAGAAAACCAUACCCAAAACAUCGAAAAAUAUUUAACAAAUUUAUUAUAUUAUAAAAAAGAAAAACUCGCACUUCUCAGGGAUAUUACUGAUGCUAGUUAAAUAAUGAGUGCUUUUCAUUCAGCGACGCAAGUUGAUACAAGUAUUUUAUCUUUUUUUUUGUUUUGUGUAUAUACUAGUAUUUCUGUUUUUGUUUAUAAUAUAUAUAAGAGUAAUAUAUAUAAAAGUUACUUGUUUUUUACUUUGUUAACAGCGUAUA